UGUAUCAUAAAAUUUGUGAUAUGGCUAUUUCAUAUAGAAGCAUAAUCUUCAGAAAUUCACAUUUGGGUCAAUCUAGUUGUGAAAAUGGCACGGCUGGUGGUCUGCUUGCUUCUGGUCUUUGGUGUAGUGCAAGGACGCCACGAAAAAUAUGAGGGUCAUCAGCUUUAUAAAGUGGCUGGUACUUCAGAAAAAAUCGCGGCUCUUGAAGGUCAUUUAGACAUCUUAUCAGCUACUCCAUCCGCUCGUUCUCAGUCUGGAUAUCUCGAAGCCUUAGUGAGACUUUCCCCAGAAGUUAGACAACAAUGGCUACAAUAUUUCGAUGAGAAUAGCAUGCCUUUCUCUAAAAUUGCAGACAACCUUGCUGAAAUUCUUCGUGAUGAAGACGCUUCGAUCAAGACUUCCAGAAUCGCAGCGAAGCGAAGCGGACGCUCAAUAAGCUGGGACACUUACUACAACCAUGAUGAGAUCAAUGAAUAUUUGGAUCAAUUGGGAGAAGAGUAUCCUGACUUAGUGACCGUUAUCAAUGCUGGACUGAGCUAUGAGGGACGCCAGAUAAAAUACGUGAGGAUUUCUACGACAAGAUUUGAAAACCAACAGAAACCAGUUAUAAUUAUAGACGCAGCCGUACAUGCUAGAGAAUGGGUGACUCCUCCUGUCGCUUUGUACAUCAUUCACCAAUUGGUGGUAGCUGGUGCUGACAGUGCUUUGACCAAUGGCAUUGAUUGGGUCAUCAUUCCUCUAGCUAACCCUGAUGGCUAUCAAUUUUCUAUUGAAGAGGAUCGUUUGUGGCGUAAGACUCGUUCUCGUGCCCAUGCUAACUCUGAUGCUUGCCCUGGUGUCGAUGGCAACCGUAACUUCGACCACUAUUGGGGAACUAACGCAGCAAGCACCAACCCCUGCACCAUCACCUAUGAAGGACCUUCUGCCUUCUCCGAACCCGAAAUACGUGUCAUUAGAGACGUAGUAUUGCAGCAAUUAUCCCGAGCUUCUUUAUAUAUCUCCCUACAUAGUUAUGGAAAUAUGUUCCUUUACGCUUGGGGCAAUAACGGAACUUUACCCGCCAACGGUUUGAUCCUACAUCUGGCUGGAACGAUCAUGGCAACAGCGAUCGAUGAACUUGCUUUGGAGAAAGCCGACCCAUAUAUCGUUGGUAACGCUGCCAACGUCCUAUACUUCACAACAGGCACUUCUCGUGACUGGACUAGAGCUGUUGGAAUUCCUCUCACUUACACACUAGAACUACCGGGGUAUGAGUAUUUAUUCAGUGUUCCUCCGGAGUACAUUGAGCAAAUCGUAACUGAAACCUGGGCCGGUAUUGCUGCUGGAGCUCAUUACGUACUCAGUUCUUCAUAAUCAAUUGUAACAUCCCUCUGAUUUAUCUUUUUAAUAAAUUUUUCUUUCUUA